AUGAGAGGAGCAAAAGAGAAAGAGAAAAUGCAUAGCUAUGAGGCAUCAAGAGAGUUUAUGGUGUUGGAUGUGCCAGGAUACAAGAUGGAUGAUACUUUUCCGAAAAAAAAUACAUCGUACGAAAAGGCGUGCAGAAGGGGAAGUGCUCCAGCUACACCAGUUUUGGGUGCACGACCUUUAGAUGCAACUCCCAACAGAAUCGUCAACUUUUUUUCAAAGCGAUCUUUCCGUUCAAAUCCCUUGAAGAGAACGAAAAGUGUGACGAAACUUGAGCGGCAAAAGCAGCGGGGAGCUGGUCUAAGAGGUUGCCGUUCACACGAAUCACUUUUGUGCGGACAAGCUGUAACAUCAAUGGAUCUUGCAGCAGUUACACCAUUACAUCCAAGUCUACUAGGUAGACCACAUUGUUUUCAAGUGACACCAAGUAAUGGUCCACCAAAAUAUUUUAGCUGUCGAACGGCCCACGAAAGAGAUCAAUGGUUACACAGUCUGAGGAAGUCAGUUCAACCAGAUGCUGAGCAAACUCGUCGAACAGACAAUUCUUUGCAGAUAUGGUUACUCGAAGCCAAAGGUGUACCAACUAAGAAGCGUUAUUUCUGUGAAGUAUGUUUGGAUAAUACAUUGUACGCUCGCACAACAGCUAAAUUAAAAACAGAAUUAUGUUUUUGGGGCGAGCAUUUCGACUUUCAUCAUUUACCUUCAGUCAACACAAUACAAGUUAAUUUGUACAGAGAGGCUGACAGGAAGAAAAAAAGAGACAAGAAUGUACUGAUAGGUUCCGUUAGUAUACCCGUACAAAAUGUUACCUCACGUUAUCUAACUGAAAAGUGGUAUCCAGUACAAAGUGACAAAGGAGUAUUAAAAGAACCACCAGCGUUACGUGUUAAAUGCCGUUUUCAAUCAGUCGACAUUCUACCUGUUCAUGUUUAUCAAGAGUUUCUUGAAUAUUUAAAAACAGAUUAUGCAUCACUUUGCGAGAGAUUGGAACCUGUUAUUGGUGUUAAAGCUAAAGAAGACAUUGCAACUGCGUUGGUAGCAGUAAUGCAACGUGAAAAAAAAGCACCACAAUUUCUAGCUGACUUAGUUAUGAUGGACAUUCAUCGGAUUGACGAUGAACGACUAACCUUCCGCGGUAAUUCGUUAGCAACCAAAGCGAUGGAGGCGUAUCUUAAACUAACGGGUGAUCGUUAUCUUCAAGAAACACUGGGAGCUGUUGUCCGGGGUGCUGUUGAUGGAGGGGACUGCGAAGUCGAUCCUUUAAAAGUUUCAUCAUUAGCUGCGUUGCACAAACAACAGCAAAAUUUACGUGCAGCAGUCGAAUUAGCAUGGAGUAGAAUAUUGUCCAGUCAUGCACACUUUCCUCUUGAACUACGAGAAUGUUUUAGAAUAUUCCGCGAGCGCUUAGCGGAACUGGGGCGUGAAGAUAUUGCUGACAAUCUUAUAUCAGCAUCUAUUUUCCUAAGAUUUUUGUGUCCGGCUAUACUGAGUCCUUCACUAUUUAAUAUAACACACGAGUAUCCCAAUGAAAAAGCAGCCAGAAAUCUUACUCUGGUGGCUAAAAGUCUACAAACUCUCGCAAAUUUCACGAGGUUUCAGGGCAAAGAAAAUUUCAUGGAAUUUAUGAACGAUGUACUGGAACGUGAAGCGCCGGCAAUGAAAAAUUUUUUGUUAUUAAUCAGCAGUCCGGUAUCUAAAGAUGCACCAUCCAAUGAUUCCCUCGAAUUUGAUGGAUACAUUGACUUAGGCAAGCAAUUGUCAUUAUUGCACGCACUUUUGCGCGAAAGUAUUGCUGGAACAAACUCUUCAUCACCAUCAUCACCACCUUCCAAGCUUCCUGACAUUCUUGAUAGGAUUUCUCAUGCCUUGGAUCAACCUAGACCUAGUCCUGUAUCUACUGCUCAUCGGUAUCCAAGUCUUCAGAACAAUAUUUUCCGGUACAAUGAUCCAACAUUAGCCAACAGCAAUUCAAAUCUUUCUGUGUCGGCAUCGUCAACACUGAGUAAUCACAGUACAUUGAAUGGUACAUUGAGAGACAGUAAUGAAUUAUUACAAAGCAAUACUUUGGGACACAGUGGAAAUGUAACACGAUCACCGAAUGUAAUAAGAGCAGCAACAUUGCCGCGAAAUGCCUACCUUCCAACAAAUGGUGGUAAAUUACAAUUACAAAUAACGUCUGAUGAUUAUCAUCCAUUAGAGCCACCGGCUUUUGUAUCGCGAUCACCAACUCCAGUUGCACGUCAGCAAAGACCCACUCUAUUAAACCGUACGGGUUAUCGAUUAACAACAAGUGCUAGUCUUGCUAAUGUAAAUCACUCCCAAAAUAAUCCAACGAGCCCAAUACGAUCAGAGAGCCACAGUAAUCUCAAAGAUACUAAUUAUAACAUUAAUGUCAAUCAAAGUAAUCAGAUAAUAACCAGCACAGGAAUUAAUCAGCAUCGACAUCAUAAUCUACAAAGCAAAUUGAUUGGACAUGAUCAACACGAUGAUAAUUACAAUCAUAAUUACAAUGUGUCUAGAUCAAACAGUAGAAAUCAUUUCCACAAAGAAGAUAAUGCCAAUCAAGGACAACAAAAUUACAAUAAUAACAUAACUAAAACAACAGUUAAUGCUAAUCCAAUAAAUAUUAAUCCUACGUCAAAUUUAACGUUGUCGAUAAAUAAUCAACCAAAUAAUAAUUAUAAUAACGUUAAAGCAAUUAUCGGUACAAAUGGUAAUCUUGAUGAAAUUUCUGAUUUAUUGAGGUAUGCUGAUGAUGAAGUGUCGGAAUCUAAAUCACAAAAAGGCUCACAGAUAUCAAUAUCACAAUUGAGUAAUGUUGCAUCAUCUGGAUAUCAAAGUUUUGCUGCUUAUAGCCAAAGCUCCAGUCCUGUUGAACUUAGUAAUAAUGCUAAUUCACAUAUCAUUAGUGCUACGCCUCUUGCUUUUGCGAAUCCAGUCUACCACAUGGAAAGUACCCACGGAAGAAAUGGUAGAAGAGGUAGUAGCAGCUCUGAAGAAAGAGAAGUUGGUAGCGGCGGAAGUGGUAAUGGCGGUAACGGAGUUGAAGGUGUUUGUGGUGUUGAUUUGAGUCCCUCACCACCUUCACAACAAUCUAACAACAUUAGAAAUAAUCAGCGAAAUGGACAGCAUCAGUGGAGACAAGCCAAUUCAAAUUAUCGCAAUGCUGAACAAAACCAAAAUACAUGUUGUACAAAACUUAUGAGACGAUUGUCUCUAGAUUCAACGAGAGAUUUAUCGGACACCAGCGAAGAGGAAAAUUGUCCGAAUCGACGAAACAAGUCUCGUAGCCAUCGAAAUAUCGAUCAAUACGAGAUGGAAAUUGAACGACUACAAAAUAGCGUUGAUAGAUUACGAGCACGAUUAGGAGCUGCUGAGGAUGCUGAAAUUGAUGGCAAAGCGCCUGAUACUAAAAUGAAGAAUAUUAUUAGCAGAUUGAUUUCUGUGGAGGAGGAAUUACGCCGCGAGCAGCAAAAAAUGUCUGCAGCACUUUCGUACAAGCAGCGCGUGAUCGACGCCCAAGAACAACAAAUAGCUGCUCUGGAUGCAGCAAACACACGGCUGAUGUCAUCAAAUUCAAGACUAUUAUCAGCAUUAAGCACUCUUAAACAACGCUAUAAUAUUAAUAAAACACAGCCAAAUAAUAAUAACGAAGCCGCAGCAUUAUUGCAGAAUAUUGCUGAUAUUAACGAGCUUAAAAGUUCAUCUUGUUAA